GGAACGGGUCACACAAAAACUCCUCGAGGACUCAUGAGUAUCGGUGCCUAAGUUAGGUCACGCCGCGCCAAGCCUUACAUCAUCUUUGUUCGUGUGUUACUCACGUGUUCCCUUACGUUGAAUAAGCAUAGCAAGAAACACAGGUCCAUAGCGUUGUUACAGCGAUCUCACCGGCCACCGGCUCAGAUUGGUAUGGUGAGGCAUCUACCCGUCUUUCGCAUCACCGUUCUCAUAGCCGCUGAAUCAUUGGAGCUGUCCUCGGGUCCACGUUUCGUCCGAAUUUGAUGCAACCGUCAAUACCACUGGUUUAACAUGGGUAUAAAGCUGCUGUCUAUGAUUGGUAUCCGUCCAACCUCCAAACGCCCCACAUAUCUUCCGUAGACAUGGAGACACUUUCCGUACCAGAGUAUACACCAUCUAAGCCUGCACCUGACUAUACGCCAUCUAAGCCUGCACCUGACUAUUCUUCCAAACUACUUCCUGGUGAGAAGUGCAUACAAAGAUCACCUUGCACCCAACGUGGAGACAAUGCAUCAUUUACUUUCCGGGAAAGAGGGAUGACCCUCAGAUUGAGGGACUGUCGUGAAGAGGACCGUCAUCCAUGCUAUGGUCUUGGGAGUACUAUUCGAGGAGAAGUUGCACUUGACAAUCGCCGGAGAGUUGUAGCUGUUGCAGCGAAGCUUGAAGGUCGUGUCUACCUUUCAGGGCAACCAUCCCAGGCAGUGAAUAUCAUUUCAAAGGAGCGGACACUAUGGGAGAGCUCCAGUCUAAACGGACAAACAUGUCCCAGUAUCAUGCCAUUAUCAAUGUCUUUUCCAACCUCCUAUCGAGAGCGUGGCCAGGAUCGUCCUUUCCGCUUACCGCCGUCCUUUGAGCUAUCACAACCGCGACGCGUGGCUAUAGUUUACACACUGCAGAUCAUUGUCACAAAGUCGAGAAACGUCCCAAUGAUUGGAAAGAAGCUUUCGAGGGAGGUAUACAUGAGCAUUCACGUUAGAUACCGUCCCCGAGUACGGCCAUCAAGACCAGUCCCAAAUUCCUUCAGCGAGGUGAAACAAUCGCCUGAGGAUUGGAUGGAGAACGUUUGGAUCACGAAGCCGUCCGUUGAUACAGGAAACGAAGCAUUCUUGGCACGCUGUCAUUUCUUCUUUCCUUCCGUCCGUGUAUUCACUGCUUCGGAAAAGAUACCUUUCCAUCUGCGACUAGAGACUUCGCCACUCUUCUUGCACAGUCUUGCGAAGGUCUUCCUUCCUCAGCAAAAUCCCUCGGAAAUAGAAGAAGUUUUAAAUGUGUUUAUACUACGAAAGACUACCGUCGACAUUAAAGGCACGUCAUUCAGUCACGACCAAGUUCUUGGUCGCGGACAGAUGAUGCUGCAAUCAUCAUCCACCUCCAAAGCCGUAAUAUCAGAAUCAGCAGAGCCUGUGACAUGGAGUUGGAAUGGUGACCUUCGGUGUGAAGUUCCCGUCUUGAACACUGGUUUCAAUACCAGCCAUGUUAGCACUUCGGACUACAUUGUACUGUCUUUACUGCUCCCCCCUAGUGAAUUGAGACCCGACCUUUCACUUCAACGCGUUAUCCCUAUACGACUUGCUACAGAACCAUGGAUCGAUCGCUCAUGAACUCAUUUUUCUCAUCACAUUGUGUUUUGGCCACUGCACUGUAUAUAUACUCACAACCAUAUCGUCAUCUGCUAUAUCUUUAUAUCUACUACUUCGUGCUAUAUUGCUAACUUAUAGUUUUUUUAUAAGUCUGGUACCCAGUGUACCAAGAUCACAUACAUACAUAUUCAUGCUGUACAGGUUAUGUGGGCUUCAUAGGUUAUAUCAUU